AUGGCAAGUCGGUCGCUCACUCGAAGCGCUGUCAAAGCGUUGUCAACGUGCCAGGCAAUACGAGUCUCUCCUCGUUCAUAUCGUGUGCGAUGCCAAUCAUCUCUAGCUCACGCCGAAGCUCCCAUACUAUCUCAACAGCCUCCUUCGAUACCCAAACAACCGGAUGAUGUCACAUCAUCAUAUUCAAAACCAGCUCUUGCGACCUCAUCAACAACAGAUACCAAACCAGCUGCCAUGUCGCAUCCAGACACUCCAGCUAAUGCACCUUGGGAAACUGGAGUUAUAGUUUCGGGUCCUCAGGCGCUCUACACGUCGCUUGUUAACAGAGGACAGUUGAAUGAUGAUGCGCACCAGAGAGUUACUGUGAAAAAGUUGCAGGAGCUGUAUGAUCGUCUGAAGGGGUAUAGUCCACCCACCAUUCAGAGCAGUGAGGGUGCUGUGGAGAGUGAUGGUGGUGUGUUUAGUAUGUUCUCUAGUAUGUUUGCCAGCAAAGCACCAGAACGAGAUAUGGUGAUAGGGCCACGAGGACUAUAUCUGUGGGGAGAUGUAGGAACUGGAAAGACAAUGACCAUGGACUUGUUUUAUUCGUCAUGUGCCAUAACGAGGAAGAGAAGAGUGCAUUUCCAUGCAUUCAUGCAGGAUGUGCAUAGGAGAGUGCAUCAAUUACGGCAGUCUCGUGGCAUUGGAACGGAUCCAAUCCCAUAUAUUGCGGAUGAGCUAGCGAGCAAUGCCUUCCUUUUGUGUUUUGAUGAGUUACAAGUGACUGAUAUAACUGACGCUAUGAUUCUGAGACGUCUAUUUACUGAACUAUUUAAUCGUGGAGUGGUUAUGGUGACUACGUCGAAUAGACCCCCAGAUGAACUGUACAAAAAUGGUAUUCAGAGAUCGAGCUUCAUACCAGCCAUAGAACUUUUAAAGGAACGCUGUGAAGUUCAUACACUGAAUUCCGGUGUUGACUACCGAAAGCAAAAGCGAGACAAAUAUAGAGUCUUCCUAUACCCAAACAACAGCACGAACAGCGCCCACCUCGACUCCAUAUGGCGUAAAAUGGUCGGAGACCACAUAGUCGAAGAAAAGGUCCUCUAUUUCUUGGGCAGAUCAAUGACACUCCCCGAAUCAACACCAACAGCAGCCCGUAUAUCCUUCGAAGAACUAUGUGGACAGCCACAUUCCGCUGCGGAUUAUCUCGAAAUCGCUAAAUCAGGACUUCGAACACUGGUGGUCACAGAUGUGCCUAAAAUGACAUUAAAGCACCGCAACGAGGCACGAAGAUUCAUUACAUUGCUAGACGCACUGUAUGAAUCGCAUAUGAAUCUCGUCAUGUUAACAGAUGCACCACUACAUGCAUUAUUCUCAUCUGAUGAUCCAAUGAUUACGAAAGGGGUUGUGUCUGAUCAUCAGCGGCAGACGAUGGAUGAUUUAAAGUUGACGCCGGAACAAAUGUCGUCGCCUAUCUUCUCGGGCAGUGAAGAGGUGUUUGCGUUUCAGAGGGCACUGUCGAGGUUGAUGGAGAUGCAAAGUGUACAGUGGAUUGGACAUGACUUGAAGGAAGUGCUGACCGAAGUUGCUGCUGAUGAGGACUAG